AUGGAAGUUAGUAAUGUAAACAAAAAAGUCAUCUUUUUGCCAGUUGAUGCCAGUGAUCAUUCUAUACGAGCGUUUCAAUGGUAUCUCGAUAAUUUAAGAGGGAAAAAUGAUGAAUUACACUUUGUACACGUGAUUAAACCAAUAUUUACAACACCAACAAUUGAACUCGCAAUGACCUCUUCAUUAAUCAAUAAUAUUAUGCAGUCAACACGAGAGAAUAUUGAAAAUGGAAAGAAACUUUUACAAAGCUAUCUGAUAAAAGCAAAGAAUUGCGGUAUUCCUUGUCAAGCAUUUGUUCAUGUGGAUGCUAAACCUGGAAAAAGUUUGAUAAAACUAGCUGAAGAACACAAAGUGGAUAUUAUAAUCAUGGGAUCCAGAGGAUCCGGUGUGAUUUGCCGCACAUUACUAGGCAGUAUUACAAACUAUCUAAUGCAUCAUGCGAAAAAUCCACUAGUAAUUAUACCUCCUCCAGUAAAAUAA